AUGGGGGUGCUGAAGGAGUCCUCUCAGGAGAUGGGGAAGAAGGAGGUGGAGGUGGUUGCCCUGCUCCCAGACCUGCUGGUGUAUAACAAUCACUCCCUCCGGCGGAUGCUGCCUUCCAUGGAGACCUUCAAUGGAGUCUUGCUCUGCGUGAAGAUUACAGGAUUAACUGCUCUCCUUGAAAAGCUAUACACAAACAAUGACCUGAACUGUGGCAUGGAACAGCUGACCCAGAUGCUCAAUGAUUACAUAGAAGGGAUAAUGGAACAUGUGCUUUGUUUCGGAGGCGAUAUCUUGAACUUCACAGGGGAUGCAUUGCUGGUGCUCUGGAAGGUCGAACGAAGCCAGCUCAGUGACAUCAUUACACUUGCAGCAAAAUGCAGCCUGGAGAUGCAGGAGCAGUUCGGGUUUAGCUACACGGAAGUGGGCCCAGAGCUCCAGCUGAAGAUCGGGUUGUCUGCAGGCCAUGUGUCUCAGCUCAUUGUCGGUGAUGAGAUGCGUCAGUACUGGCUGGUGACUGGCCAGCAAGUGGAUGAUGUGAGGCUGGCACAAAGCCUGGCACAAGCUCGUGAGGUGAUUCUAUCACCGAACUGCUGGGAGCUCUGUGACCGGGACGUGUUAGAAGCAGAAAUGCUUAAAGGCCAAAAAGCCAGGAAGCUGCAAUACCUAAAGAUCUUCCACCCACCUGAUUUUGAUGAACACUUUGAAAAGUGCAUAGACCAUCUACAGCAUUAUCCAAACGAUGAAGUCCUACUGAGAAAUGCUGUGGCACUGGCUUCCAGUCAUGGACUCGAGCUGGCCUUGCGGAGGUUUGUCUUGGGAAAUGUUCUGAAGAAGAUUGACGACAAUCAGCCACUGGAGUUUGUAUCCGAACUUCGACUGGUAACCGCGGUCUCUGUCAAGCUGCAAUUUCACGAGAGCACAAAAAUGACAGAGCUGUGCAAAUUGGUCCAGGAUGCCACUGUGAGCAUCUCUGGUAUCAUGGAGGGCUGGAGAGGCAAAAUUAUCAAAAUCUCCACAUUUGGCAAAGGCUGCACAUUUCUGUGUGUCUUUGGGCUGCCUGGUGAUAAGAGGGAGGAGGAGAGCACCCAUGCCUUAGAUAGUGCAAUUAGCAUCUCUAAUCUCUGCUCUAAGAAUCUCAUAAAAAUUGAGCUUGUUUCCAUUGGGAUUACAAGUGGAGUAGCAUUCUGCGGAGUUGCUGGCAUGCGUCCUAGACAAGAAUAUACAGUCACUGGCUCGAAGGUUAAGAUGGCCUCCAGGAUGCUGACACUCUAUCCAGGGAUGAUAUCAUGUGAUGAAGAGACUUACUCAAAAUCUGGGUUGCCCGGCUGUUUUUUUAAGAAGCUUCCAGAGAAGGAGACGAGCGAUGCCAUGAGCCCUGGGGUAACCUAUGAAUAUCUCGGCAGAAAGAGAAACCUAAUGUUUGGAAAGUCGGGCUUUACCAGGAAGAAGGAUGGGAAUCAACCCUUGCUGGGUCGCGAGAAAGAGAUCAGAAUCUUCCAGGCUGCACUGCAAGAAUUUGUGAGACACAGAGAAGGCCGUGUUGUUAUGUACGAAGGCUCUACGGGCUAUGGAAAAAGCCGAUUAAUUGCUGAAAUAGACUACCUAGCUAGGGAGGAAAAUCACAGGGUGAUAGCACUGGAGCUGUCCAAAGUAGAUAUCCAGGAGUCCUUCUAUGCUAUCCGGUCACUUAUGGCCAUAUUCUUCGGGAUCGAUGCCUGUAGACCUUAUAAGAGACAAGACAUCCUCCAAAGCCAGCUCAAUGGGCUGUGGGAUGAGACCUUCUACUGUCUCCUCAAUAAUCAGUUCCUUGUGAAGUUCCCCGUGUCAGCUGAGGUUUCUCACAUGGACAAUGAGACAAAGCAAAAAGAAGAGGAAAUGCUUUUCCUCAGAGUCCUGCGGAAGGCAGCGGAAGAAGCGACACUGGUUUUCAUCAUUGAUGAAGCCCAGUACAUCGAUGCUACCUCCUGGGAUUUUUUGGCAAAACUCCUCUUGGGUGUCCCCAUCUUUAUAGUCCUGUCAUUGUCUCCCUUUGCCUCCAAAGAGCUGCUCCCUUGUGCUUCUGCUGAAGGCAUCAUGAAGAGCCCCAAGACCACUGGCAUUGUCCUCCGGGAACUGGAACCUUCCAAACUCUUGGAGAUGGCCCGUCAGGCCCUUGGGGUGGUGAGCAUUCCCAGAGAGAUGGAAACAUUCCUCAUACAAAGAAGCUUUGGGGUCCCAUUGUACUGUGAAGCUUUACUGACGGACCUCCAUGCUAAUGGGGUUCUUGAGUUUUGCCGCAUCCCAGAGGAGGAGAAGGAAGAGGAUGAGUGGGAUAACCUGUCUAUCAGUGCUGUGAAAUCGAUACCCUACAGAGCGCCUCUUGUCUCCUCCAAGGAAAACAAAGAGCUUUACGUUUGUACCAUCAGGACGGGUGUGGACCUGGACACUGUUCUACUCCCGGCGAGGCUGCAAGAGAUUGCUGUGGCCCAGUUGGACAGCUUGAGCCCCUCUGAGCAGAUGGCAGUUAAAUGUGCAGCUGUCAUUGGCCAUACGUUUACUCCAGAGCUGCUGCUGUACAUCCUCCCAGAGUGGACAAACAAGAAGAUGGAGGAGACACUCAUGAGCCUGAUCAUUUCCCACGUGUUUGAGUAUGUUGGAAAAGAAACCAGAGCUACACAGGCAGUAGGUUCCUGCCAUUUACACACACAUCUGGGCCCCCAGACGGUGCAAUCCCUGGGGCCAGAGGACUCUGAAGAUGUCGGUGCCGCUGCUCCAAGCUUCAGCCUGCAAGAGGAGCUGGGGAUGUUGCAGCGGGAUCAAGCAAUGCGGUUCUGCACUCCCCUGCUGCGAGAAGGGGCCUAUGAGCUGUGGCUGGGGGAUCAGAAGAAGGCCCUGCACCUCAAAUGUGCCGCCUUCCUGGAGCACAAGGCUCACAAAUGCAGAAGCUGCGGUGGAGGUGAUUUCAUUUCCUUCCACCGCUAUGCCCUGGACACCCAGAUGAGCCAUGAAGACUCUUUGCUGGGACAGGGCAGUAAGACCAAGGGCACGGCUCAGGUGCUUUCUGAAGAAACCGGGAAGAGGCUUCAGACAAGCUUAGCACAAGAUGCACCAGAGAGGACCGAUGCCUCUCUGGGGCAGGAACUUGCCAUAGAAACUCCCAUGGCCUCAUGUGAAGAUAAUUUACAGUGCAGGGCAAAAUCAGCCAUGAAUAAACAGGUGUUGCCAGAUGAUCAUCUCCGAGUUGAACAGGAGUUCCUGGACAGGGUGGACAAGCUGAUUAAGUACCAUAAACGUGGCAAAGAGGAAGCCACAAACCUGGCACCCUGUGAAUGUGGAGAGAGAGUGGAAUUGGUGGUCUCUGCCCUAGCCCGCCAUUGUCUGAUGGUGAAAGACAGAACGAGGGCUUUUUAUUAUCUUCUGGAGUCUGCGGCUGCUUCCUUAUAUUUAUCCAACAAUUAUAUGGCAUACUUGUAUUUGAAGAAAGCAAGUGGCCUACAGGAAUUGUCAGCAUUGGCAAUGUUCCCUUGUCUGAAGAGACCUAAACUGAAGAUCAGCCAGUUUGAGGAAGCCACUUUCUGCAGCCUCAGGGGAGAGGUCUGCUUCAACAUGGGCCAAAUCGCACUGGCCAAGAGACUGAUCAAGAGGGCCCUCUGCUUACUGCACAAGGGGUUUCCCCGUACCUGGCUCGGAGCCUUCUUCCAGUCGUUACUCGAAGAAUCCAAACACUCUGCGUACCAUGCUCAGCAGCGUCAGGCCCAACACACAGAGAAGGCAUUAGCUGUCCUGCAGCAGCAGAUUCACUGCCUCUCCUUGCUCUGGCAGUUCUACAGCCUGGACUCUACCGCCAACAGGAAGUACUCCCGGCUGGCAGCCCUGAUGGAAAUAAAUUUGGCAGAUGAGUCUGAGAACAAGAUGCAGAUCAUUUCGACGUAUAUGGAUUUUUCACAGUUCUCCCAAAGUAUGGGCUAUAAAGACGAGUGGCUAAAAUACGAGAUGAUGGCUAUCCAGAGAAGUUCCCAGUGCAACUUCACCUUCACCAGGGAGAGGUUGCUAAUGACAGCACAGUUAGCUCAGGCACUGGCCUAUAGCAAGCUCUGCUUGGGUCACCUGACCCGAUCCAUCCAGUUGGGCUUUCAGGCUCAUACAAUGUGUGUGCGGCUCCAGAAAACCAGCCUCCACUGCCUGGUUCUUUCGGUUCUCUUCAAAUCUGCGUUCCUGAAGAACAAGUACACCCAAUGCAUCAGAGUCUUAGAGUGGCUGUGGGAACUCGCUACUCAAGAGGAGAGCAUCAUGGUCUUGGCAUGUUUCUAUUCAGCCUGUUUAGACCUGCUGCUUUGUGAUGCUGGGUUUGAUUACAGGCCCAUUGAGGAGUGCCUGCAGUUCAUAAACCAAUAUGAAGCCAGCUGCAUCCUUAAGUCUCAGAGCAACAUCAUGCUGAGUCUAUAUUCCUCUUUGGCAAUCUGGUUUGGCAGACUCCAGCAGUGGGAUCUGUUUGAGGACAGUUUCACAAAGGCCCAACGGCUGGUGAGCAGAACGAACGCAUCCCUUUUUGGCACUCACGGCUUUUUUAGAUUCCUGGAAUGCCAGGGCCUGUUGCUCCGGAAAGUCAUGGAAGACACGCCCGAGAAGGUCCGGGAGGCUCGCAGUUCAACGCUCAGGUACUUUGAGGAAUUCCUUUCUCGCUGCUCAACGAGUCCAGUCUACCACACGAGGGUUUACAGCCUGAAAGCCUCUGUUAACCUCCUGGGAGAUGAAGAUAAGAGCCAGGUCCCUUUGUCGAAGGGUCUCAAACUUUCAGCCACUUCCCAGACCGGACUGGAGGAAACUUCUUUCAGUGUGAGCCCUGACAGUGUCCACAACGAGUAUCAGGCCACCGGCAGAGUGGAAGAGCUGAAGGACAGCAAAGAUCAGGAUGUAGAGGGCACACAAGAAUACAUGAAAUCUGCCGCAUCGAGGCUGAAAUCCGAACCCAUGCCGAAGGAAUUGACCUUUGUUCAUCUCCAGCCGGGGCAAGCUCCCACGUCCCCCCACGCUGUGCCUGCUGGUGAACCUAUGGAAUACAUCGGCAUUGCACCCCGCCCAUUGCCCUUGACGUCCAGAAAACCCCAGGGUGCUGGUGACAAAGCCUGAGGGGGCAGGAGAGACUGUCAGAGCCGGGACAUUGCUGGGGAGGGUGGAGGGUUUGCUGGGAUACGGAGCACGUACAUUGAAAACCUGCCUUGUCAUGGCUCAGAGGCCAGCAGAGAAUUUGAGGAAGGAUGCUAUGGAAAAAGGGGGGAAACUGACACAAAGGGGUUCUUUUCUUUUACUCUGUGUAGUUUAGUGGUGUUUAUGGGACCCUGGAGUGAUUGGGUAUAACUCUGUACUCAAGGGGUAUGACUACACUACAGUCAAACACCCGGGACUGGCUCGUGUUAACUGACUCGGGCUUGCAGGGCUCUGGCUGUGAGGCUAUCAAAUUGCAGUGCAGCUAUUUGGGCUAGAGCCCGGGCUCUGAGGGGUCUCAGAACCAGCUGAGGGUGUUUCAUUGUAGUGUAGACAUACCCUAGGAUAACCUCGGAGCGGGACAAGGUUCUGUGAGAGUCCUACUGAGACCCCUCUUCCAGCAGAUAUAUCUCCUGAUAGGGGUAUUGAAAACUUGCACCUGAACCCUUGGGCAGUGUAUAACAACAGUCCUGCUAUGGAAUCUGUUCCACUGUUCUUCCGGGAACUCAUUCCUCCUGCUAAUGCAUUGGGAAUUCCUACAAAUAAUUUUCCCCAACAUAAUCCUCCUCCUGCAGGGACUAGCCACAAUCGUAUCAAUAGCAUAGAUUUUAAUGGAAGCUGCAAAAGUUUGAAAUGUGUAUUGUCUAUAAUAAAUUUAUUUAAGACA